AUGGUCAUCGAGCCUGUGCCUCUGAGACCAACUGUAGAACUGCGCCAAAGAAAAAAGCCAAAGCCUUCAGGAAAUAAGGAAUCUGCCAAAGAAGAGAAAAUCACUGACACUGUAAUUCCUGAGAGACCAACAAAAUAUGUGCUAUUUCAGCGCUUCGCAAAGAUUUUCGUUGGCUGUCUGGCAGCAGUUACUAGUGGUAUGAUGUAUGCUCUCUACUUAUCAGCAUACCAUGAGCGGAAAUUCUGGUUUUCCAACAGGCAGGAACUUGAGCGGGAAAUCACUUUUCAGGGGGACAGUGCUAUUUAUUACUCCUAUUAUAAAGAUAUGUUAAAGGCGCCUUCAUUUGAAAGAGGUGUUUAUGAACUGACACACAAUAACAAAACUGUAUCUCUGAAAACUAUAAAUGCAGUACAGCAGAUGUCUCUCUAUCCAGAACUAAUCGCCAGCGUUUUAUAUCAAGCAACUGGGAGCAAUGAAAUUAUUGAGCCAGUGUAUUUCUAUAUUGGCAUUGUUUUUGGAUUGCAAGGAAUAUAUGUUACUGCUUUAUUUGUUACAAGUUGGCUUAUGAGUGGAACAUGGCUAACAGGAAUGCUUACUGUUGCAUGGUUUAUUAUUAACAGGGUAGAUACAACAAGAAUCGAAUACUCCAUUCCUUUAAGAGAAAACUGGGCACUACCGUAUUUUGCAUGCCAAGUUGCUGCACUUACAGGCUAUUUAAAAAGCAACUUAAAUACUUAUGCAGAGAGGUUUUGCUACUUGUUGAUGAGUGCUUCAACUUACACAUUUAUGAUGAUGUGGGAGUAUAGCCACUAUCUCCUGUUUCUUCAAGCAAUAUCUCUGUUCUUGCUAGAUGUCUUUUCACUGGAGCAAAGUGACAAGGUUCAUGAAGUGUAUAAAAUUUAUAUAUUUUCUCUUUUUCUUGGAUAUUUACUGCAGUUUGAGAAUCCAGCUUUAUUGGUAUCUCCUUUAUUAAGUUUAGUAGCAGCCUUAAUGUUUGCUAAGUGCCUUCAGCUGAAUGUGAAGAAAGGAACUUUUAUAGCUAAAAUAAUAAAAGUGAUUAAUUUUUACUUGGUGUGUACCCUAACAGUGACUUUGAAUAUUAUAAUAAAGAUGUUUGUCCCUCAUAAAGAAAAUGGGCACAUGCUGAAAUUCCUUGAAGUAAAAUUUGGGUUGAAUGUAACUAAGAAUUUUACAAUGAAUUGGCUCCUCUGCCAGGAAUCUCUGCAAACUCCAUCUCAAGAUUUCUUUUUGCGAUUGACACAGACUUCUUUGCUACCAUUCUAUAUUUUAGUGUUAACCAUUUGUUUUAUUUCUAUGAUGCAGAUUCUUUUUAGAAGAAUUAAUGGUAAGUUCCUGAAAGACACUGUUACUCUUGAAGAUGGACAAAUUGGAGAAAGACCAGAAAUAAUUUAUCACGUAAUUCAUACUAUUUUAUUGGGUUCUCUUGCAAUGGUUAUAGAAGGCUUGAAAUAUAUCUGGACUCCUUAUGUGUGCAUGUUAGCAGCAUUUGGUGUAUGCUGUCCUGAGCUUUGGAUGACAUUGUUCAAAUGGCUUCGAUUAAGAACGGUACACCCAAUAUUGUUGGCUCUUAUUCUGAGCAUGGCUGUGCCCACUAUAAUAGGUCUCAGUUUAUGGAAAGAGUUUUUUCCAAGAUUAAUGACAGAGUUAACAGAAUUACAGGAAUUCUAUGACCCAGAUACGGUGGAACUUAUGACCUGGAUAAAAAGGCAAGCUCCAGUUGCAGCUGUGUUUGCAGGGAGUCCACAGUUAAUGGGUGCAAUUAAAUUAUGCACUGGAUGGAUGGUGACAAGCUUGCCUCUUUACAAUGAUGAUGAUCUUCUCAAGAGAAAUGAAAAUAUUUACCAAAUCUAUUCAAAGAGAUCUGCUGAGGAUAUUUAUAAAAUACUGACCUCCUACAAAGCUAAUUACCUAAUUGUUGAGGAUGCUAUCUGCAAUGAGGUGGGAACUACAAGAGGCUGUAGGGUUAAAGAUUUAUUAGACAUUGCAAAUGGCCAUGUGGUUUGUGAAGAAGGUGACAAGUUAACCUACUCAAAAUAUGGGCGAUUUUGUCAUGAGGUCAAAAUUAACUAUUCUCCAUAUGUGAAUUAUUUUACUAGAGUAUACUGGAAUAGAUCCUAUUUUGUAUAUAAAAUCAACACUGUGAUAUCCUUCCAGUCUUGAAAAAUAACAGCCUUCAUCUCAAAGACUUAUACUGUAUGAAGUGAAAAGUGAUUUUUCUUCUACCUACGUGGUGUCUUUCACCCAUCAGUCUACAGAUGUUUGAAACAUUGCUGCUUCUUUUCCCCUCCUGCUGCUAACUGGAUCCAGAGUUCUGUGGGAAAUAGAAGAUUAAGCAUUACUGUCUUUUGAUAAAAUGUCAGAUCUGCCACUCUGCCAUAUUUCGAGACAAGUGUCUUCGUUACCUUACAUGGGCUUUAAUGGUUUUACCUGUUGCAGCAUUUUCCCCACAAGUCUUCAUUCUAUCAUAACACUGAUCUUGAAUCUGAGUGUGUUCAAGAUCAUAGGAUAUUUCUCGUAUAUAACAUUUAAUAAAUACUUAAUGUGAUAUGAUUAAUAAUAGAAGCAAAGAAUUAUUCUUGCAAGUUUCUGAAAGUGUUUCAUGAUUUGUAAUGUAACUGAAAUUUACAGUAAAAAAACAAUUUAAAUGUUAGUUGAACAUAUGUGGCAUUUAAAUUAAAAUGGAUAUAAUAUAAAGGAAAGUGAUUUUUAAGGAUAUACAUAAAAAUAUAUCCAGAAUUUUCCAUGACACUGUUCUCAUCGUCUGCUGCUAAUAUAAGUGAGCACUUUCUUAGUGAUACAUGGUGUGUGAUAUGUGCAUUUUAUUAUUUUAUGACUGUCUGUUAAGUGAUUAUUAAGUGAUUUUUCACUUAUGCUCAUUAGCUUGAUACCAGUUUAAUCAUGAUUAAACAAUAACACUUGUUACUUGUAUACGUAUUUCAAAACAGACAUUUAAAAAUAUGUUCUGCAAGUUUUAAAAGUAAUAUGGAUAUGGAGUGUAUAAUCUCUUCACAUGUUUUCUACUUAAGUAAAACAUUAAGUCUUUAUCAGAAUCAGUACACUAAAGUAAUCAACAAUUUCUGGAGAUGCAUUCAGAUGCUGUUAGGCAUACUUCUGCAUACAGACACAUAUGCUAUAAAAUGCAGGUGGUUUUAUGAAACUGCGAUGCAGUCUUCAACAUUGAAAACAGAAUGACGCAAAAUUAUAAUAAAAUUUAAAACCCAGUUUCACUGCAUAAAUGCUAUGUUCCUUUAAGUAUUUUCAUAUUUUUAAUCAUGUAUUAAAAGAAAUUCUAAAAUGAUUAAUUUGACCUUAUAAAGAGAUUCAAGAUAAGCAUAGCCUAUGGAUGUAACAUAUAAUAAGAUGGGAUGUAUGUUUAAUUUUACCCUGUUAAGUGAACAGAUUUUCAAACUUUUCACUUGUCAGAGUACUGCAAAAUUGUAUUUUCAGUACUCAGAAUUAAUACAUUAGAUGGAAGCAUCUGUCCAUUAUUUUUAUUUUUCAUAAUAUACAUAUAUUUAAAGUACUUGCAUUCUUUAACUCUAGGAUGCUUUGCUUUUUUGGAGUAUAAAAAUUAUUUGAUGGUGAUGUCAUAUGUCUGAUGCCUUAGUUUCAUUGGUUCUUAUUUGACUCUUGUAUAUAAUUUUUUUUUUUUAACCUACAUUAGGGUAACUUUAGGCAGUGUAGUUCAGGUUGACUCUGUACAUGUAGUAUUUGCUUUAAGCUUUAUGAAAAUAUUACCAUAGUUACCUGAAUACACCAUGAAUAACCACAUGGUAGUACUUGUGAUUAGAGCAUGUGAGACAAUGUAAUUUAAAAUCUUGCAUAUUUUGAAGGGGGAAUGGAAAACCCUAUUUUCUGUUUGGCAUGAAAUAUUUAAUUAAACUUUUAUUGGUUUAUAUUAUGAGUAUAUGUACUGAAUUAGUUUUGGCUGUUGUAUUUUGUUUUUGACAUGUUAGUAAGUUUUUACUUUUAUCAACACUUCUUAAAGUAGUUUUGGGGACAUUUUUAAUUAAAUUUUUAUAUAAGGAAUUUUUCAUUUAGCAUAAGUUGAAAAAGAAAAGUAAGCUUUUUUUGAUAUAAUAAUAUUGAAUAUGAGAGAUAAGGUCGUUUCUCUUUUAGCAGUAGUGCUAGAAAGCUUUGAGAAGAACUUAAUUCAUUUCACUUAUUUGUUGAGUAACAAGUGAUUGGAUUCUUCAAGUAAUAUAACUCGAGUGACUUAAGGUUGUUAAUUUGACAAUGAAGAUCCAGUGUAAAAGGAGCAAAGUUUCUGGGAUUGAGUGCAAAGAAUUUCUUGAAGAAACACAGAACAUACUUUGCCCUUGAUAUUACAUACCCAUUGAAAUAAGUGCCUUAAUGUCUCUAUUUCUAAGUUUACUUUUUAAGACUUUUUUAAAAAGUCAUGAUAGGAUGUGUGGUGUGCAUAUAUACAUGAGAGAGAGAGAGAGAGAGACAGGUAUACCCUCCGCAGAGUUGGCUACCCCCAAAUCCCCUUCCUUUAGUCCUCCAGCUCUUAGAAUCUUGGGCACUUUGCACACAGGCCUGGUGUGUUUUAGGCUGACUGGGCCAGGGAUUCAAACUACUGUCACCAUGUGAGAUGUAGCUUCUCUUUAAACAGUGCCCUAACACUUGCACCAUGGAGACAUUUCCUUUAAGUUUACUUCUUUAUUUUCAAAAAAAAAGUUACCCAUUUUUUCCCAUAAAAAAUUUUUAGUUUUUUCUUAUCAGUGAGCUCAAAACAACAGUUCUCACUAAGCUAUUUUCACUAUUAACUCUAAUUAAGUAAUAAAGUUAUGAAGAGUAAAGAUGAGGUUUCUAGUAUCAUAAAUUAAUUGAUUCAUUGAUUUAUUUAUCCAAAUCCUAAACAAUCCUGCAAAUAAAUCAUACUUGUCAAAGUAUAUACUGACUUUUUGCUGUUUAUAUAUUUCCUAACUUUAGCAUUGGUUUCCUGGUGCUUUUUGAGUCUGAUACAGUUUUCUAACCUAAGGUGCAUGCCUCAUACUUCAACACAAACUGUUUCCUUCAUUACUUUCUGUGUGUAGACAGCUUUUUUUUGUUACAGGACAUUCACCUGGAUUGCCAUUAGCCUCCAUGUUGUGGCACUCCUUCAUAUAGUCCUUAUUUGACUCAAGGAAAUGACUUUGAGAAUGAAGGUCAAAGUGUGUUACAAGUUGGAGCUGAAAAACAUGAUUUUAAAAGAUGGUUGGGCCAGCCUGUGGUGCAGAGGCUAAGUCGGAUGGAUC